AUGUCGUUCAACCUCGCAGGCCUUGCCACCAAUCUCACCAGUCUCCCUACCCACGCGAGUCCAAUCCGCAUCGCUCUUACAGUAUCCCUAAUCACUCUCACCACCUAUCUCUUCAAAACCCACCGCAGAGCGUCGAGGUUAACCUCCAUUCAAGCUCUCAAUGCCAGAGAUUUUCCUUCAUAUUCAUCCAAUGACCUCCCGGUAGCGGUGUUCCUUGGCGGAACCGCUGGAAUUGGACGCGGGAUGGCAGAGUCGUUUGCGAGGCUGACGAAGGGUAAUGCGCAUAUCAUUCUUAUCGGACGAAACGCGACCACUGCCCAAAACAUCAUCGAUUCGUUCCCGAAACCCACUGUCCCGGGAGCCAAACACGAAUUCAUCCGCUGCGACGCUACGUUAAUGUCUGAAUGCCAACGAACCAUCGACCAACUCCUCGAACGGUUACCGAAAAUCGACUACCUUGUUGUAUCUGCGAUGCUUCUGAGAAGUUUCCAUCGAGAGGAGACGGUUGAGGGAAAAGAGCCAAAACUUGUAUUGAUGUAUUAUGCGAGGUUCAAGUUUAUAAGGGAGUUGACCCCGUUGUUGUUGAAGGCGACGCCGACAACUACGAAGGAGGGUGGUGGGAAGGUGUACAUUGUAGGUGGAGCUGGGUUAGGUAAGAAGAUUGAUUAUGGGGACUUGGGAUUUAAGACGAAGGGCUAUGGCUUUUGGAAAAUCCGGGCACAAUUCCCCGUGUAUCUGGAUGUCAUUCUUCAGGAAUUCGCUGCUCGGAACCCAUCGAUGACAUUCAUCCACGCCUACCCAGGACCCGUUCGAAGUGCACUCGCCGAUAACCUUCAAUCACCCCUCUUCCUGUUCAUUUUCCGAAUCGUCUUUGAACUCUCCUUCCCGUUCACAUUCUUAGAAUCUGGAGAAUACAUGAUGCACGCGAUGCUCACUACAGCGAGACGGCCGGGAGCUUGGAGUAUUGACAUGUUUGGGGAGAAGAUGAGUGAAGGAAAAGUCAUUGUGGCAACGGAAGAUGAGAGGAAGAUGCUAUGGGAGCAUUCAGUGGAGGAGACGAGUGUUUUAAAUUUAUAG